CCGCACGCUCCCUCUUGUUCAUGAGGACGACACGGCAGCCUCGCGGUGGGAUCGUGGUGCGCGGAUUAUUUUAGGACCAGCUCGGCGAAAACAACAACAACAACAACAAGAAGAAGAAGAAUCAGAAGACUAAUAGUAAUAAGAAUAAAGGGGGCGGACGGGAGCUGCUGAGCUGUCUCUACAUAAACUCACUCACAUACAGAUCCAGGUGGUGGGUGGAAAAAAGAACAGACCAGUGCUGGAUCCCAGAGGGACUGUUAGUGUUGCAAGGCCCCUUAAGACGAAGAAGGGUGCAUGGAGGGUUCAAGGCCUCUCAAACUAGGGACAUCAGCCUGCCUCUGGUUGGGGCUGGUCUCUGUGGCUGUAGCUUUCCUUUGUACAGAGGCCCGGACUACUCCCAGCCCUUUACUCAGCCCCAACAAUGCCACCUGCAAGGGCAAUUCAAAAUGUCAAACAGGGAUCAUCCUCCCCAUCUGGUAUCCCGAGGAUCCGUCCAUGGGAGACAAGAUUGCUCGGGUCAUAGUCUAUUUUGUGGCCAUGAUCUACAUGUUUCUUGGUGUGUCCAUCAUUGCCGACCGUUUCAUGGCAGCCAUUGAGGUCAUCACCUCCCAAGAAAGAGAAAUUGUCAUCAAAAGGCCCAAUGGAGAAACAACGACAACCACAAUUCGGGUGUGGAAUGAAACAGUUUCCAACCUUACUCUCAUGGCCUUAGGCUCAUCUGCCCCCGAGAUUCUGCUCUCUGUGAUUGAAGUUUGCGGUCAUGAGUUCAAAUCUGGUGAACUUGGUCCAUCGACAAUUGUUGGCAGCGCAGCCUUCAACAUGUUUGUCAUCAUUGGCCUCUGUGUGUCCGUCAUUCCCCAAGGUGAAGUGCGCAAGGUCAAACACCUGAGAGUUUUCUUUGUCACUGCAGGCUGGAGUAUCUUUGCUUACAUCUGGCUCUACAUGAUCCUGGCUGUUUUUUCUCCUAAUGUAGUCCAGGUCUGGGAAGGCCUCGUCACACUAUCCUUUUUUCCCAUAUGCGUCCUACUCGCCUGGGUAGCAGACAGACGACUGCUCUUCUACAAGUUUAUGCAUAAGAAAUAUCGCACUGACAAACACAGGGGUGUGAUUAUUGAGACAGAAACAGAACGCUCCAAAGGGAUUGAGAUGGACGGCAAGAUGGUCAACUCUCACUUCAUGGAUGGAAGUGCAACCAGCAAUCUGAUUGGCUUGAUUGAGAGCAAAGAGGUAGAUGAGUCCCGUCGGGACAUGAUUCGGAUCUUAAAGGACCUAAAGCAGAAGCACCCAGAGAAAGAUCUUGAUCAGCUGGUUGAGAUGGCUAAUUACUACGCUCUCUCACAUCAGCAAAAGAGCCGUGCCUUCUACCGUAUCCAGGCCACUCGAAUGAUGACCGGCGCUGGGAAUAUCCUGAAGAAACAUGUAGCAGAACAAGCAAAGAAGAGUGCCAGUGUGCAAGAGGUGCACGUGGAGGAACCCGAAGAGUAUGUGUCUCGGAUAGCAUUUGAGCCUGCUGCCUACCAGUGCCUUGAGAACUGCGGUGCUGCCAUCCUGACUAUCACCAGAAAGGGUGGUGACAUCAACAAGACGAUCUACGUGGAUUAUAAAACAGAAGAUGGCUCGGCUAAUGCUGGAGCAGACUACGAGUUCACAGAGGGCACAGUGGUGUUCAAACCAGGGGAGAUCAUCAAAGAAAUAAGCAUUGGCAUCAUCGACGAUGACAUCUUUGAAGAGGACGAGCACUUCUUUGUGCGUCUCAAUAAUCUUCGGGUCUUGGAAACUGAAGACGAGGUGUUGUCUGCCAACAGUCUCCCAUACCCAAAGGCCACCCUAGGAUUUCCCACUGUGGCUACGGUGACUAUACUGGAUGACGAUCAUUCAGGCAUUUUCACCUUUGAGAGUAGCUCAGUUCACGUCAGUGAAAGCAUCGGCAUUAUGGAAGUGAAAGUGCUGAGGACUUCUGGAGCAAGGGGAACUGUCAUUGUGCCUUAUCGCACAGUGGAGGGACUUGCCAAAGGCGGAGGGGAGGACUUUGAAGACACCUAUGGAGAACUUGAGUUCAAAAACGACGAGACCUGCAAGUUUGUUCACGUGAAAAUUAUUGACGAUGAGGAGUAUGAGAAAAACAAGAACUUCUUCCUGGAGCUGGCUGAGCCUCGCAUGGUAGACAUGAGUCUGCAGAAAGCCCUGUUGUUAGCUGAUGACGUGCCAGAUAGGAAGCUCACGUCUGACGAGGAGGAAGCCAAGCGGAUCGCCGAAAUGGGAAAGCCGGUGCUGGGGGAGCACCCGCGGCUGGAGGUCAUCAUCGAAGAGUCGUACGAGUUCAAGAGCACAGUGGACAAGCUGAUCAAGAAGACCAACCUGGCUCUGGUGGUGGGAACAAACUCCUGGAGAGAGCAGUUCAUGGAGGCCAUUACUGUCAGUGCAGAUGAGGACGAGGACGACACGGGCGAAGAGCGCCUCCCGUCCUGCUUCGACUACGUCAUGCACUUCCUCACCGUCUUCUGGAAGGUCCUGUUCGCGUGCGUCCCCCCCACGGACUACCUGAACGGCUGGGCGUGCUUCGUCGUGUCCAUCGUCAUCAUCGGCCUGCUCACGGCCGUCAUCGGCGACCUGGCCUCCCACUUUGGCUGCACCAUCGGCCUCAAGGACUCGGUCACGGCGGUGGUGUUUGUCGCUCUCGGCACGUCCGUCCCAGAUACCUUCGCCAGUAAGGUGGCUGCCGUCCAGGACACCUACGCGGACGCUUCCAUAGGGAACGUGACCGGCAGCAACGCCGUUAACGUCUUCCUGGGCAUCGGCAUGGCCUGGUCCGUGGCCGCCAUUUACUGGCACAUGAAAGGGAAGCCGUUUGUGGUGGAGGCCGGCUCGCUGGCCUUCUCCGUCACCCUCUUCACCAUCUUCGCCUUCCUGGCUGUGUCGGUGCUGCUCUACCGGCGCCGGGCCCACAUCGGAGGGGAACUGGGCGGCCCGCGAGGACACAGACUGGCCACGUCGGCCAUCUUUUUCGGCCUCUGGUUUCUCUAUAUCCUCUUCUCCAGUCUAGAAGCCUACUGUCAUAUAGAAGGCUUCUGAGCAGAUUGAGAACUCCCGACGAAGAAAAGCAAAGACUGGAAAUUGGGUCAAUCUUAAUGCUAGGAACGUUUUUGGUUUUUUUUUCUAAGAUAUGUCGUCUGCUCUCUCCUUCUCCACCUUUCCCUAAAGAAACCUCGUAGGCGCGCAUUCUGCCCUCUAAUGCCAAAAGGCCCGAACUGCAGCUUGCAUCUGGGUUUUACUUCCCAGCAUGCCCCCCCAAAGGAUUGCCGAGGAGGUCAUGCAUUCUGCUGUUAACCUGGAGAGAGCAGACUUAAUCAGAGGUUUAUAUUUUUCUCAAAACAGGACAAAAAAAAAGACUUUUUAAAAGAAACAUAUUUUGGGGAUAAAAAUGCAAAAACUAAUGCAACAAAAAUAAACAAGAGACCCAGUCACAUAGAGGAAAUAAAGAACUAUUUUCUGAUUUGAAAAAAAAAGUAAUAAUAAUGACAUUACAGCUGAAAAGGAAAAUACGAUGUGGAGCGAAAGAGGGGUGGGUUGAUAGUAUUUAUUUUAUUUGCGUCCUUUCCUAAAAGGAGCUCUGUCAGGAAUCCCGCAAUCAGGAAGAGGAACAAGAGGCGACAGCUCACACCGCCGGACGAAUCACGACUCAAGCAGGAGAACGUGAGGGUGGGAGGAAUGCGAACACGGUCAAACUGCCCUGAACAUUACUUCCUUACUCUAAUUGUAUCUAUAUAUAAUAUAUUUCCAUAUUUUCUGUAUAUUUUCAAUAUUUGUUUAAAUGUGGUCCUCUUCUGCUCCGACAGAGGAUCGCCGCGGCGCAGCGGGAGGAGGCCGGGAUGAGGGAGGGCAGGGUCAAACUAUAUAUAUCUGAGGAUGUCUUCACCUUUCUAAGAGUGAUGUAUCUUGCCUAUAGGUGAACGAGUAUGACAUUGUAUUUUGUUUAUUUACCGAUAUCUUGGUCUCACUUGACUUUUCACCGUUUUUUUCGAUCGGAAAUCCGAUAAAAAAGAAGAAGAUAAACGACUAAAUUUGUUGCUGCAGAAAUAAAUUCAGAGGUAUUUUUGUACUCUUCCUUCCAUGCACUUUGCUGUAUAGUUCUACUUCUGGAGACUUCUUCUUCUUCUCCUUCUUCUUCUUGUACAUGUGCAAAAGGCUAACGGUCAAAAUGGUCGCGAUGAACUGAACGGUGCCUGUGGAGGGAGAGGUGUUUGCUGCAGCUACCCCACACCAAUCAGUCAGCCUCUUGGUUUAGUCAGAGAAACCCCAUUCUCUGCAUGAGGAUGGAUUAAUUGAUAUACAUUUAGUAUCUGUGUCCAAUUACUGACACUCGUGAUUUGUGCGUCACUUUGUCUUGGGUCUCUUGGCUGGUUUUCAGACUCAAAACGUGUUCGUUAUCACUUUUUUGUUCUACACUGUAAAAGCACAACAUCUUCCCAUGUAUUUUUGGUGUAUUUAUAGUGCAAAUAUCUGAGUUGAAAUAAGACAAAGAAUAAGACAAAAAAAACUAAGUGAUAAGUAACUUUCCAGCAGGAAAUAGGAGUUUGUUUGAGGUAAAUAAUUUCUAAAUAUUUAUUAAAAAAAAAAAAAAAGUACUUCCACUGGGAGAUUGUUUCACUGAUGACAAGACAUUUUCCCAUAUAAGUGAAAUAAUUUGCCACGUUUUCAUUAAUAUUAAGAAAUGAUUGAUGAAAACAAUCUCCAAUAUCUUAAUGAAAAGUUACUCGUCAGUCAAACGGGGCCAAAAAUAUUUGGCACGAUUUUGUGUUUUUGCAGUGUAGCUAGAGUCGGAAGUGUCACUAUUGGGCGUAGAUGAUCCGCUCUUUCUCUCAGGAGGUAAGUGGACCCAACCAGUGAGCUCUUAUGAUACCGAUCCUAAUGUACAGAUCUGGGAAACUCUGUAAUCCUGAAGUUUUCAAACAAGCAAACCAGCCUGUGUGGUAUAACAACGUGCAGUUUUGAUGCACUCCAGCACCUCACGCAUUCUCCGCCAUCCUGGAAUUUUUCUAAAUACCUUUUGAAAUAAGACAUUUAAAAAAUCGUAAACUUCUGGCAAAAAAAAAAUGGAAUCAUUCGAGAAUCUCAAUCAUAUUAUGUUCUGGAUUUAUUCCCCCUGUGAGGAACCCCAAAGAAUUAUAGCUGAAUAUGAAUUAUCCACCUUUGUAAAAGACACCUCACAAAAUUCACUGACUGAAAACCCAGGUUUAUGCAAUUUUUUUUUUCUCGGUUUCGUUGAAAGAUCGUACAUUUUUCAAUCAUUUGAAGCAUAAAUCUUUUCACGUUGUUGAGAGAGCUUCAAAUGUAUUUGUAGAAAGGAAUAACAUGAACAUGCUGUGAAAACCUACGAUCAUCUGUAAGACUUAUUUCUAAACAUUUAUUCAUUUUCACAAUGACAAUAUUGAUGUUAAAAUAGUGGAAUGUCACAUUUUCAGCUCAACAAGAAAAAGAAAUUGUCAGCUUGAAACAAAUGGAAAAAAGUCUCAGUCAGUACUUUGUGGUAUUUCAAAAUUACCUAUGAAAUACAAAUAGUAUCAUUAAUCAAUCAGGUUCAGAGCACAUAUCGGUAAAUUUUAUACAGGGCAGGGGAAAAUAAAUACUUUUUAAAUUAAAUUCUGCCUACCUCAUCAAACUUUUCCAAAUAGGCAUUUUAAAGGUGACUAAACCUUAUUAGUACACAACAAAUCUCUCUUCCAACCAGGAAAUUAGACUAGUGUUGCUAUUUGUUUUAGAAAUACAGAAUAAUGAGUGAAUCCAAAUUUCUAUACGGUUUAAGUUGUUAGUUUUGGAAAUCCUGAGGUCUUCAACUGGUAAAUUAAAUAGUAUUGUGUCAUGGUGGUGCUAAUUUCAUUCUAAAGUAAAACAACUGGGUCAACGUCAUCAAAACUAGUGAUUUCUGUUCUGAUUUUUAUUUUAAUUUUUUUUGCCAGAUGUUGUAGAAGCCCUAUGCAUGCUUACGGUUGCAAAAGUACAAUAUUUCUCAUGGAAAAAUAUUUGACUGAGACUUGGGUGGGAAAAUUCUCAACACAAGCAUCUGGUAAUUUCACCAAAAGCACCAAAUAAUCCAGAAUAUUCAGUUAUUUAAACUGUCUCUGGAGAUUAUCGCUUACAAUGGAUUUAUGCAAUGAAGGCAUCUCGCUGUUUUCCCAAAAUAUUCAAAUCCUAAUUUUCACAAAAAAAAAAAAAAAACCUCCACAAUAUCUUCUCUGUUGUGAUCUCUGACCGAAACGCUUGGUGUCAGGUCAGGUCACGUCAGGUCAGCGUCCAGGGCUGCUGGUGGAGGUGCUGCAGGUAGCUCUGGUUUCAGAUCCAAAGGUCGACAUAAAUCCACGUUCUGUACAGAAUCUUCAGUGUGUCUCCACAGAAACACACACACACACACACUCUAGGGGUCACUGUAACGUCACAUUUCACCCACAGAGUGUCAAUUUUUUUUUUAUUUGUUAUAAAUUUGCAAUUAAGGAAGUGUGUCAUAUCUACAUUCUGUGACUAUUUAUCAUAUAUUUAGUUGUACUUUGUAGCUAAAAUGUCAGCCGGUGCGUAUGUGUGUGUGUAUGCGAACACACAGCAUAUCCGAAGGAACCCACCUUUCUGUUUUGCUUUCUUUUCUUUCCCUCUCAGCCAGUGGGAUUGAAGGGAAACAUCACUGUGCAGUAACUGGACUUGUGGUUCUCAUGGGAAACUGAAAGGUUCAAUAGUAGUGGGGAGGGAGGAGUUAUAAUACUGUUGUUUUAAUUGUUUUUCCUUUCUUGUGUGUGUGCGUGCGUGCGUGUGUAUGCGUGUGCGUGCGCAUGUGUAAAAGAAGAGGGGCACAUUUUAUUGGAUGAGUAUGUUUUUUUUUUGUUUUGUUUUUGGCCUGCUAUGAGAUGUCAAAAUAAUAAUAACAAUAAUAAUAACAAUAAAAAAAAAAGUAAAAUCCAAAAGCAGAUCAUUUGUUCUUAUUUUGCAAAAUUGAACCAGUUGUUCUGGUUCACUCUCACCUUCACUAAUUAAUCUUGUCACAUCUGCUGUCUGAAUUAAAGAUAAAAUAUUAUAAUAAAAUAUCUGUGUCAGGCAUUUUGGCUCACCGCCCAGGGUGCCAAAGGCUCAUGGGGGCGCCAGGAAGCGAACGAACAGAUCAGUCACACCCAGAAAAAAUUUAGCUUACCAUAGCUUACAGUAAAAUUGUGGAGAAAAAAAAGAAAAAACAGUGUCCAAAUUAAAUACAAAACUUUUAGGAUGUUUUAUCUAAAAUCAAACAUCUUAAUUUAAUGAUGUGCAUAAAAACAUGAUUUGAGCAGAUGUCUGUUGAUACUAUCCAAAUCAAAUCCAUUUUGUUGCUAAUUUUUUACCUGUUCAAGUCUGUCACCAAAGCACCGCCCCCUACUAUGUAUAUGAUCUAAAGUUGCUUACUUUUACUCCUAACAAAACAAUUUCUCAAGUAGUUAAACUGGCUUUUGAACUGCAGUUCUGAAAGUGAUUGCGUUUGUUUAAUCAGUUGAAAGAAAAAUAAAAGACAUGACAAUUUUGGA